AUGUCUUCAUUUUUCAGAUGGUUUGGCGGCGGAAAUAAGGAAAAGGAUACCGCGAAGGACACAAUUGUUAAGUUCCAGGAAAUGCUGUCUUUAUUCGACAAGAAAGAAGAGAAGCUGGAAAAGCAAAUUGAACAACAGAAUGAGAUUGCCCGCAAAAAUGCUACAGCAAACAAGAGACUGGCAUUGACGGCAUUGAAGAGAAAAAAGAUGUAUGAAGCGGAAUUGGCCAAAAUCGAAGGUAGUCGUAACAACAUCGAACAACAGUUAUACACAAUCCAGAAUGCCAACCUGAACUUUGAAACUCUGCAGGCUAUGCGCCAAGGUGCAGAUGCUAUGAAGAAGAUCCAGAAGGGCAUGGACGCCGACAAGGUUGACCAAAUCAUGGACCGGAUUCGGGAUCAACAAGCUGUUUCAGAAGAGAUUUCUACGAUGAUUAGCACCCCCAUUGGAUUGAAUGCCGAUAUGGAUGAAGAUGAACUCACGGCGGAAUUGGAAGAGCUGCAACAAGUGGAAUUGGACAACAAGAUGCUUGGUGCCGAAAAGCCUCCUAUCCAUGCACCUUCGUUGCCUUCUACUGGAAAGGUUCCAACUUUGCCCAGUGUGCAGAAACCCCAAGUCUUAGACGAGGAAGAGGAGCUUCGCAAACUUCAAGCAGAGUUUUCGAUGUAA